AUGAAAGUUUUAUCUGCCUUAUGCGUUUUAUUAGUCAGUGUUGCCACUGCCAAACAACAAUUAUCCGAAGUUGAAUACAGAAAUGCUUUCACCAAUUGGAUGAUUGCUCACCAAAGACAUUAUUCAUCAGAAGAGUUCAAUGGUCGUUACAAUAUCUUCAAAGCCAAUAUGGAUUACGUCAAUGAAUGGAAUACCAAAGGUAGUGAAACCGUUUUAGGUUUAAAUGUCUUUGCUGAUAUCAGCAAUGAAGAAUACAGAGCCACCUAUUUAGGUACCCCAUUCGAUGCUUCAUCCCUCGAAAUGACCGAAUCCGAUAAAAUCUUCGAUGCUUCCGCUCAAGUCGAUUGGAGAACUCAAGGUGCUGUCACCCCAAUCAAAAAUCAAGGUCAAUGUGGUGGUUGUUGGUCAUUCUCAACUACUGGUGCCACUGAAGGUGCUCAAUACCUUGCCAACGGUAAAAAGAAUUUAGUCUCAUUAUCCGAACAAAAUUUAAUCGAUUGUUCAGGUUCAUACGGUAACAACGGUUGUGAAGGUGGUUUAAUGACCUUAGCUUUCGAAUACAUCAUCAAUAACAAAGGUAUUGAUACUGAAAGCAGCUACCCAUACACUGCUGAAGACGGUAAAAAAUGUAAAUUCAACCCAAAGAAUGUUGCUGCUCAAUUAUCAUCAUACGUUAACGUUACCUCUGGUUCAGAAUCAGAUUUAGCUGCCAAAGUUACUCAAGGUCCAACCUCAGUUGCCAUUGAUGCAUCCAACCAAUCAUUCCAAUUGUACGUUUCAGGUAUCUACAAUGAGCCAGCUUGCUCUUCAACUCAAUUAGAUCACGGUGUCUUAGCUGUUGGUUUCGGUACUGGUAGUGGUUCAUCUGGUUCCCAUGGUGGUUCCCAAUCACAAUCUGCUGGUUCAGAUUCACAAUCUGCUGGUUCAGAAUCAUCCCAAUCUGAAUCCGGUUCACAAUCACAAUCUGAAUCCGGUUCACAAUCACAAUCACAAUCUGGUUCUCAAUCAUUCUCUGGUUCCUUAUACUCUGGUUCAUACUCUGGUUCCCAAUCUGGUUCCCAAUCUGGUAACAGCGGUGCUGCUGUUAAACAAACUGGUGCUGGUUCAGGUUCAGGUUCAGGUUCAGGUUCCGGUUCCGGUUCAGGUUCAGGUUCAGUCUCAGGUUCAGCUUCAGGUUCCGCCUCAGGUUCCGCCUCAGGUUCAUCAAGUGGUAGCAAUAGCAACGGUGGUGUUUAUCCAACCGCUGGUGACUACUGGAUCGUUAAAAACUCAUGGGGUACCUCAUGGGGUAUGGAUGGUUACAUUUUAAUGACCAAAGGAAAUAACAAUCAAUGCGGUAUUGCAACAAUGGCCUCACGUCCAACUGCUGUUGCAUCACUUUAA